UCAGUCCAAAAAUUGGAAAAUAUUUCAAAAGCGAGACCAAAGCAAACGGAGUAGGCGAUUUGUCUCCUGCAGAGUAUAGACAUUGAGAUUGUAGUUGAAGAAAUCGUAGGAUGGCUCUUUCUCAGGCGGGUAGCUGUGCCUUCGGCGGUGCAAUCGCUUCGGCCGGAUUCGUGUGCGCUCCCCGAACUUCUCUUCACCGCCUCGUUGUUCGUGCCAACGCGGAACCGUCGGAGAAAUCGGUUGAAAUUAUGAGGAAGUUCUCGGAGCAAUAUGCACGCAAGUCCGGGACGUACUUCUGUGUGGAUAAGGGAGUCACUUCUGUGGUUAUCAAGGGCUUGGCAGAUCAUAAAGAUACUUUAGGUGCACCACUUUGCCCUUGUAGGCAUUAUGAUGACAAACCUGCUGAGGCAGGACAGGGAUUUUGGAACUGUCCCUGCGUCCCGAUGCGAGAGAGGAAAGAGUGCCACUGCAUGCUCUUCCUUACUCCAGAAAAUGAUUUUGCUGGAAAAGAUCAGACCGUUUCAUUGGAAGAAAUCAAGGAGGCAACGGCGAAUAUGUAACUUUAGUAUGUCUUGAGAUUACUUGUAAAACAGUUUAUAGUUUUGUAUUUUGACUAUGGUAUGCAUUAUUUUGUAUACAUAUUCGUAAGCUAAUCUGGUUUUCCACUUACACUCUGUUGUAUACAAAUAAAAACCAUUUUCGCAUCGCUGCUUUCAGUUUA